CCUAGGGCCCAAGCCCACUUGAAACCUAACUAUAUAAGUGAAAUCAAAACCCUAUUCUCUCAUUUUUUUUUCAAACCUGCGCACACUAAAACAGUAUCCAUCCAUCUCUUCAUUUCAACAUAUGAGAACCCUAACCCUCUCUCUGUCCAAUCGCCGGCAACCAGGAGUUGUUUUCCGGCCUAUUUCUCCGUCAAACGCCCUCAGAUAUCCUCCCUUCAUCACUCCCGGUGAGCCGGUGAAGCCACACCCCACCCGCACCUCAGACACAGCCGUAGAGAGAGAGAGAGAGGCAGCGAGAAAUGUGGUGAAGAGAGAGAUCGGAGAGGAGAGAAAAGGCGACGGAGAUGGAGCGGUGUCGCCGCUCACGGCGGCGACAGUGGAGACACCGGCGACGGUGGUGUUCCUCAGAUUCCGACAAGUUCCGUCGGGGUUCGGUUCAGCGGUAUAGUUGGUGGUGGCGGUCGUGACGGUGGUGGCCGACGGCACCGGAGUCGCCAGCGGCUACGGCACUGAUGAUGAUGAUGUUGGAGUCAGGAUGUUGAUGAUGAUGACAGUGGAUUGGUUAAGUUGAUUCGGUUAACGGAUCGGGUCAACGAUCAUACUUGUUUGGGUCAGUUCAGAACCUGAAGGGUGUUUCGGUUCAUCUCUGAUCUUGAUUCGGGUUCUACUCGAGUCAACAGAAGUCAGCAGCGGUUCGUGUGACGUCUCGGGUUCCAUGUCAGAUCUAGUGUGGUUCGGGUUCGGUUCGACGAGCCAGCUUUUGGUUUGGUUCAACAGUUUCGGUCCGAGUUGGAUUUGUUUCGGGUUUCAUGACUCAGUCGGGCUCGAGUCAACUCAGCUGCGUUCGAGACAGACCCGGUUGACUCGGUCAACACCCGAGUCAACUCGGGUCAACAGACGGUCAACGCAGUCAACCACAGUCAGCGAAGAUCCGGUAAAGUUUUAAUGACGCGAGAUUUAGUUCAAAUCGAUAUAGUUAUUUUUAGACUACGCGAAUCGAGCUCGACCGAUACCUUAGUUAUUUUGUUUUAUCUUUGGCGCAUUUCACAAGAUUUAUUAUAUAUUACAAUGCUUUGGCGAAAAUUUGAUACAAAUUGCUUGACUUGUUGCGGAAAAUUGUUGAAUUUUGAUAAAAAUACGACGACUUUUAUUGUCGGGUUAGUCCAAAAACAGAGGAAACUCUGUCCGAUUUUCAUAAAAA